CCUAAUUAUUUAUUAAAUUUAUAUGCUACUUAUCUUGUGGUCCGUGGUGACUCGGAGUGGUUUAUAACAUAAUAAAACAUAAUCCAGAUAUUUUGCAGUAAGAGUUAAUUCUUCUUCAUUAUUUGCUGCUCUCUGGGAAAUUGAGGAAAUUACAGACCUUCCAAACUGACAGUUGCCUUCUCCAGUUCUCCUUAAGCCAAGGAGACAAAGGACAUGUUGGAUGAAUUAACUUUCUUUCUCUUAUUCUGGUAGAAUGAUGCUGCUUUUCCAUAGAAGCGUAAGGCUCCUUUAGACAAAACGAUGGUGUCAUAAUGGGUAUUCUUUAUUAAAUUCGUUUGCCAGCCAUCGGGCCAUGAGGAGACUCUGGGCAGCUUACAACAUUAAGUCACUGCGUGGGGGGGGGGGAGAGCCCCGUUAAUGUCUUAUUUUCUUUUUCUGUUUUUUCUUACUGAACUUUUGCUGAGAAAUUCUGAGCAAGAGUCACUCCUUCUCCUCUACCCACAAAGUUGUCACACCACCUCACUGGCAUGGCUCAUAGCGAGAGCAAUGUCGAAACUGUCCGGACGGAAAGAGGGGGCUGAAGGAAAGUAUCUCGUCAACCUGACUGCUUAAGAAAUAGCAGCCUUUUCCCCCCCGAAAAGGCUGCAGCUCAGAAGGAAACUUGGGAAUUCUCCCCUUUCUUAUUCAAACGUCGCCUCCCCCCCCCUCCUUUCCUGGCCUUCUUUCUUUCUUUCUUACCUCCGUGACCCCCUGCCCUGCCUCUUCUCCCCCCACCCCCUUCCGAAGGAAGUGUGGGAGUGGAUGUUUCGAAGCUCUCCCUUUAAGAGGCAGCCUGCAAUGACGAAUUAUUAAAAUUGCCAUUGCAGGAUGGCAUUCCGCUAUAAAUGCAUUGUUCCACCUCCCCUCAUCUUCACAGCGCUCGCCGGGUUCUUCUGGUUCGCUUCAGCAGACUGGGGCUAACCGCCGCCGCCGCCGCCGCCGCCCGUAAACUCAAAAGAGGAGGCUCGUCACUUUAACCUGGGACAUCUGUCUCUUCCCUUCCCCCGCGCCCCGCUCCGUUCCCCGGCAAGCGAGGGCUUGUUUUCUGCCCUCCCGCUCCUUCGCUCGCUCUCCUUCCUUCCGCCGAACGACAGAAGAAGGGAGAAUAGCAAGAAUAAAAGAAGCGGAGGAAGGACUCGAGGGGUUCCUCCGGUCGGAGUGGGGCUGCAACUGCCGCUGGCUUCCUCAGCCGGAUGACUCGUCGGCCGCCAACUGAAGUGUGAAGUCUUUCAACUUCUCUCAUGCCUGCUGGCGGCGGGAAGCGCGGCGUCUCUCUCCCUAAAGCCCGUGAGGCGAACAGAAGUGAUUUGCCGACGCCGCCUCUGACUCUUUUGCAAACGCUCGGUCUUCGCUCCGCUCCUCCGGCCCCUGCCCGGCCAUCGCAUCGCCGGUCCCGGAGCUCAGCAUCAUGCAACUGAAGAUUGUUUGCUCGCUGCUGCUGCCGCUGGCUGCAAGCUUACAAGCUGCCGCCGCCGCCGCCGCCGCCGCCGGAGUUUCCCCAGCAACUUCAGCACCUGCCUAUGAUAAAGCUUUGCAGCAAUCCAAAGCGGUUGCGGCGCCGGGAACGACUCGGCUUCUCCGGGAGCAGCGACCUAGCGGGGUAGUAGAAAGCAUAGACCAGACCUACUCCGGAGGAGGCAAGGUGGGUUACAUCCUCUACCUGGAUGGGAAGCGCUUCCUUUUAGAUCUGGAGAAGGACGCGUUGCUUGGAACCAGCGAGCAGCUUCUCCAGGGCAAGGGUCACUGCUACUAUCGGGGCACGGUGGAUGGGAGUGCCCAGUCUCUGGCAGUCUUCAAUCUCUGUGGUGGCUUAGAUGGAUAUUUUGCGGUCAAGCACGCCCGCUACACGGUGAAACCUUUGCUCCGGGGCAAAGCUAUAACAGAAGAGGAAAAGGCUUCUCCCGACUGGAUCUAUGGGGAUGUGUCUGCUCAGAUACUCCAUCUCUUCUUCAGGGAUCAUUUCAGCUUUGAAACACUGCCUUCCCGCCCCAGCUGUGAGACUCAUGGUUCUUCCAGGACCCCGUUUUUGGAUGAAAAGAAACUGGCCCAAGGGCAGGAGGGGAAACUGGGAAUAGAUCUGACCACCAGAAUGGCACAUUCCCCUAUCACUCUUGCCCCUCCUGUGGACUCUAGGAAAAGAAGGAAACGCUCUAUCUCUAGAGCCAGGCAGGUAGAACUACUCUUGGUGGCUGAUGACUCCAUGACCAAAAAGUAUGGCAAAGGCCUCCAUCACUACUUGCUCACCUUAGCCACCAUUGCUUCUCGGCUCUAUGGACAUGCCAGCAUUGAGAAUCACAUCCGCUUGGUGGUUGUGAAGGUCGUGGUGCUGGGGGACAAGGAGAAAGGUCUAGAGAUCACCAAGAAUGCAGCCACCACACUCAAAAACUUCUGCAAGUGGCAGCACCAGCACAAUCAAUUGGAUGAUGAUCAUGAUGAGCACUAUGAUGCUGCUGUUCUUUUCACCCGUGAGGAUUUAUGUGGGCAUCAUUCAUGUGAUACUCUGGGAAUGGCUGACGUUGGAACCAUAUGCUCUCCUGAGCGCAGCUGUGCAGUGAUUGAAGAUGACGGCCUCCAUGCGGCUUUUACAGUGGCUCACGAAAUUGGACAUCUCCUUGGACUUUCCCAUGAUGACUCCAAAUUCUGUGAAGAGAACUUUGGUUCCAUGGAAGAUAAGAGACUUAUGUCUUCCAUCUUAACAAGCAUUGAUGCUUCCAAACCAUGGUCCAAAUGUACUUCGGUAACGAUAACAGAAUUUCUGGAUGAUGGGCAUGGUAACUGUUUACUGGAUCAACCACGAAAACAUAUCUUAGGUCCUGAGGAACUUCCAGGACAAACAUAUGAUGCCAUUCGCCAAUGCAAGCUGGCAUUUGGACCUGAAUACACAGUAUGUCCUGGAAUGGAUGUGUGCUCUCGUCUGUGGUGUGCAGUCGUUCGCCAAGGUCAAAUGGUGUGCUUGACCAAGAAGCUUCCUGCUGUGGAGGGGACACCAUGUGGAAAAGGAAGGAUCUGCCUACAAGGGAAAUGUGUUGAUAAGACAAAGAAAAAAUAUUAUUCGGCUUCAAACCAUGGCAACUGGGGAUCCUGGGGACCAUGGGGACAUUGCUCUCGUUCAUGCGGUGGAGGUGUCCAGUUUGCCUAUCGGCAUUGCAAUAACCCAGCACCUAGAAACAAUGGUCGAUAUUGUACAGGAAAACGGGCUGUUUAUCGGUCCUGUAACAUCAUGCCCUGUCCUGCCAAUGCUAAAGCUUUUCGCCAAGAACAAUGUGAAGCAAGAAAUGGUUACCAAUCAGAUGCAAAAGGUGUCAAAACGUUUGUAGAAUGGGUCCCAAAAUAUGCAGGAGUGCUCCCAGGAGAUGUUUGCAAGCUUACCUGCCGAGCUAAAGGAACUGGCUACUAUGUAGUUUUCUCUCAAAAGGUGACUGAUGGAACAGAAUGUAGGCCAUACAGCAAUUCAGUAUGUGUCCGUGGAAAAUGUGUACGGACUGGAUGUGAUGGCAUUAUUGGUUCAAAGCUUCAGUAUGAUAAGUGUGGAAUUUGUGGUGGAGACAAUUCCAGUUGCACAAAAAUUAUAGGGCACUUUAAUAAAAAGAGUAAGGGUUAUACAGAUAUUGUUAAAAUACCAGAAGGAGCAACACACUUCAAAAUACGACAGUUCAAAAUGAAAGACCAAAGUAGAUUCACUGCUUACUUGGCUUUGAAAAAGAAAAAUGGUGAAUAUCUUGUCAAUGGAAAAUACAUGAUCUCAACUUCAGAGACCAUCAUUGACCUCAAUGGAACAGUUAUGAACUACAGUGGCUGGAGUCACAAAGACGAUUUCUUGCAUGCCAUGGGACAUACAGGCACCAAGGAGAUCUUGAUAGUACAGAUUCUUGCAACCGAUCCAACUACACCAGUGGAUGUACGCUAUAGUUUCUAUGUGCCAAAGAAGCAAACCCAAAUGACAAAUUCUGUCACUAACAACAACAGUAGUAACAAAAUUAGCCCGUCACUUGCUGAACCCCAGUGGAUAACCGGACCAUGGCUUUCUUGUUCUCGAACAUGUGAUACAGGGUGGCAUACAAGAACUGUCCAGUGUAAAGAUGGGAAUGGAAAAUUAGCUAAAGGCUGUCUUCUGUCUCAAAGACCUUCAGCAUUCAAACAAUGUUUAUUUAAAAAAUGUUAACCUGUGGUUGCAGACUUCUUCAGAAGGAGUCUUCUUGAAUCUUAUUUGGCAUAUUGACAUAAGAUCUACCCAGAAACAAAAGGAAGACAAUGCAUCAAUAUUCUCUCAUAUUCUUGGCAAUUGUUCUUGGCAGGACAUGCCUAUUUGGACCAAAAGGAGAUACGAGCUGGUCCUAUGAGGUGAUCUUAAUAUGUCAAAAGCACUAAGUGUUAGCUGUUACGAGCCCUUUGUAUCUGCAAAUAAGAGGAUAAACCAGUGGAGAAGUUAUAUUGGGAUAUCCAGUUACAGAAUCAUCUCCCUUUUCUCACCUACCUCUAACAUAGGAUGUCUUUAGACAACUUGUCAAAAUUACCCAUGAUUCUACAAUAGCUUCUUUUAUACUAUUUGUAAAUAUCUUUGCUUUGGUAUGUCACUUUAUAUCACUUGAUUUUCUUACAACAAACAGCAGCCUUUAUGUUUAACACAAGUGACUGACCAAAGUACUAGUAGGUCUGCAGCCACUGUUGACUCAUAUGCCUUUCUUUUUUUAAAAAAAGUGGCUGUUAGUAUUUUACUGGAGAAUUAAGAGGUUGCUGCUUUAAAGAAAAAAAGUAAUAUCUUUCUGACAACAGGAAAUACAUUUCUAUUCUAAAAAUUUCCUGACAAUAGAAUUUAUUCUAUAUUAAUGCCUUUCUGAUGAGGAAUUUUUAUAGGCACAGUCUGCAGCAGUAGAAAAGGGGAAAAAAGCUGCCAGUAUGAUGCUUUAAAAUUUGAAAAAGAAAUGUAUUUUAUUUUAUCCACGUAGAAGAGUCCCUAACCUCUGGGCUGUGUCCCAUUCACAACCAGUCCACGGAAGCGUGCCUGCUGCUUAUGUGGAACCAUCCCCUCCCCCACCGGUUCCAAGCCAGAAAGGUUGGAAACCGCCAAUUUAGAAUACUGUGCCUCAGAAAUUAUCAAACUAAUGAAAGAUGUGCCACAAAUAGAGAUAGAAGGAAUUCAUUACGUGGGAACAGCACGCAUAAUAAAAUGGGAAACCUCCCCUCCCCCAACUGCCACAUGUCUAGGAUACAACUAAAUCCAGACCUGGAUGAAGCUACAGUCUAAAGUUCUUGGGGCAUUAGCUUUCUGCUGUCUCCCUUUCUGCUACUUCCUUUUCAUCUCUAUUUUUACUACCUCUUUCCGUUUCUGCCACUUCUUUCCCUCCUCAGUUCCCUCUCCUUUUUCAUCUCGCAGUUGCUAUGGGAGAGGCAGAUGACUCUUGUUAGAGAUCUGUACUAACUGUUGACACAGAGAUUUUGAAAACAGUCUGAAAUUACAUGUGGGUUACUCAUCCCCAAUAUAUGGAAAGGGGAAAUUUUGGUGAGACACUGGGUCAUGUCAUAAGUGUCUUCCAGCUCAGAUUUAUGAAAUCUGUUCACCUCUGUUUUCCCUAUUAGUUUUGAAGUGGUUCCUACUGGAAAUUUAACAGCGUGCCAUGAAUUUGGCCUGUAGGGAAGAAUUUUACAGUGGUUAAAACAAAAACAUUGGGGUUUUUUCAUGAAGCAAUUUUUUGUCUAGUUCUUUUGAUGUUUGGCUGAAUGUUACCAAGCACCCCAAUUCAGAGAUUUGCACAUGCUCAGAUUGGGUACAUAUCUUAUGUGCACAAACUGCCCCAUAAUUUCAAGGAGGAUACAUAACUUUUGGCACAUGUAUAUCAGCUCCUUCAGUGAAAUGAAUGGGGUGUUCAUUCAGGAGCACUUCAAAAAUUACCUAUAAAUGCAUAAAUGAGAAUCCAUGUAAUAUUUUUGUUGUUUUCAAAUCAUAGAUGUAUUUAUUUUUUAAGUCAUUACAUAUUUUUUUAGAUUAAGGCUUUAGUUUCUACCUACUUUGGGGAGUAAACUUUAUUGAAUUUAGAAGUAAUUGAAUUACUUAUAGACAAAAGUUUUAAUUGUAAAGCUGAAAUCCUAAAUAUACUUAUUAGGGAGUAAUAAACAAAAUGAGAAUUUUCAGAUUGAACAUCUAUAGGAUUGCACUGGAAAGAUCAAAAGAAAAUAAAGCCAUAUUUAGUUUUGGGAGCUGUAGCUUACUCUCAUAAGAUUAUUUUCAGAAAGAAAACUAUUUUUUACCAACUAUAGAGAAAUUAAUUUCCAGUUUAGAAAAGUAAUAUAAAUACCUCAUCUGAAUCAAGAGAAAUUAAUUGACAUUUAAUAUAUAGUAUUUGGCUGAAAUAUUAAAAUAUAGAAAACAGAGAUGGUAUCUUUGUUACCAGUGCCUUCCACUAUAUUUUGAGUACAGAGAAAUCAAGCUGCUUUAAUUUCCAAUGGAAUUUCAUUACAAAUUUCAUUGGAGCCACAAAUAUAUAUUAAAUAUUGAAUUUUUAUAAAAAUUACAAUCUAAAACCUUUGCACUUAAAUACUUGCUUCCGUCACCAGCUUUUAACAUUGCUGUGGAUGGAAUGCAUUAUUUUAAGAAUUUGUUUUCUGAGGCAAUGAUUUUUAGGGGGAAGAAAUCUGACUAUUUGUUUAACCUAUCUUGUUAUAAAAGCCCUGUUUACAUGAGUGAAGCCUACAGCUUUGAGAUUUCCUGAUUCAACACAGUCAUUUUAGAUUAGUAAUGGAGUUAUCACAAUACAAAUAAAUAAACUGACUGAAUUAGAGGCAAUUAUCCAUGAUGUAAAAGAGUUGUAGUUUCAUAUCUUCAGGCCAUCAAGUGAUAUAAGAUUGCCAUUUCUCAGUGCAUCAUAGGAACAACCUACACCUGUCUGGUUUCUAGAAAAUAUCUCUAAUUGUAAAGAAAUACAAUUCUAUACUAUUAGUUAAGAGAAUGUCACUAGAAAUGCACAUAUCAAGGCAGGUAUUUCAGAAUAUUCCCAUCAAAAGCAAUGCAAUGCACAUAAACAUUAUGUUAUAUACAUUUAGAUGAGUAGCUGCAUAUAUAAUUGCAUAGAUUUCUGAAUAACAGAUCCACAAAGGCACAAAAUUUCAUAGAGCAUUCUUCUCUGGAUUGUGCUAUAAAACAGUAAGUUUUAUCUGUUUUGGCUUAAACCAUACCAUAAGACAAAUAAUGUAGGUUUGCAAGUGAAAAUGCACUUUUGUGUUGAGAAAAGGCAGUACAAAGUAAAAACAAAAACAAAGCUCCAAGUUUCAAAAUUUAUUCUUUUAAUAAUUAAGAAUAAAUUUCAUUUCAUACUAUGUUCAGAUUCUAUUCUUAUUUCAGCAUUUCCUGAAAUUCCUUGUCACUAGAUUUUGGCAUUAUAUACACACAUGCACACAAACACAUACACUGUAUAUACCUACAUGCAUACAUACAUAGAUACCUACAUGGAGUUGUGACAGUGAAGUGAUUUUCUCCUGUGCUUGAGUUUUCACCUAACAACAAUCAUCACAUUGUCAGGCAAGAAAGACUAAUCAAUGGAAGAAUCUUUGAAGUUGAUAGGAUGCACUCAGAAGUCUAAGUUACAUAGCAUGUGUAAGUAAGAUAGAUAGUUUUAAAUAAAAGCAUGAGAAAAAUUGGGUUUCAGUUCUUUACUAUAUCAUGAUUAGAAUUGUAUUAACAUGUGAGAGUGGUUGUAAAUUUUGGCAAGCAGAAAGUUGAAAAAUUAAACUGAUGUGUAUAUUUCAGCUUUUUCCCAUGGGCCUGCACUUUCCUAUAUUUCUGUUUUUGUUACAUCUUCAUGUCCUCCACACUACUUUGUCUGUUUGUAAAUGUGAAGCCGGUGCAAAUUAUAUUAUCUUAUAGUUCUAGAGACUAAUUUGGAAGCAGGCUACUUUCAAGGACUUGGAUCUAGUUACUACUCAAUUAUUCGGUUUUUCUGAAAAUCUUAUCAGCUAAAUUGGAUUAAAUUGAAUGCUAAAGUCUCAGUUUAUUACCAGAUUUUGAUCACUGGUAAGACCCUUCUCUGUGUUCCUGAACAAUCACCUAAGCCAUAAAUUAAAGUAUAUAUUUACAGUAGCUAAAUGUAAGUGCUAAAACCCAAAUCAGGGGUUCAUCGGAACACAUGGGAAAUAGUGGCAUGUAGGCUGUCAACAAGACCUAUUCAAAUUAAUUGAAUAUAUAGUAAUUUUCCCUUUAAGUAGCUGUUGUGAUAGAAAGGAAAUCAAUGAAAGUACGCUGGCAACUGAAAAAACAGACAUACAAAUGAAAACAUACAAAAAGAAAAAAGCAACAUAGCACUGAAAAAAUAAUAAUUUAUUGUGCUUUUUUACAAAUUGGUAUGUGAAUGGAUGUAAUGAAUUUAUUUAUAUUAUUUAACAUGAAAUGCCAAUUGUAAAAAUUCUUCUAUAUUUAAAUUGUUUUUCAAUCAUUAUUUUUUCCUCUUCUCUUUUUUUAUUUAUGUCUUAUAUUUGAUUCAAAAGUGCUAUAUGAAUUUACCACACACAGCACUAGUUGCUUUUAUAUUGUUUUUUAAAAUAUUUUUUUAAAAUAGAACAUGUGUAAGUGAAUGUGGUGCAUGCAAGUGUGUGUAUGUUAAGCAGUAUGAAUAAAAAUAUUUGGGUGUAUGGAAGUGUGGCUGUGUCACAUAAAUAAACAUACUACAGUCCCUAAUCCAACUGCCUUACAAUAUUACAUAACAUAAGGUUGUUGACUAAGUCAGCAAGACAUGACUAAUAUAAAUUUAAUAUAAAAUAUAGUAACUUGAAUUUGUGAUUUGAAACAUUUUAUCUCAGACUUGAUACCACCAUUCUUUCCCAUCCACCUUUGUUUAUCUAUGUGGAGAUCAUGGUCCUAUGUACCUUGCUAGUACUAUAUAUUACUGCUGAAUAUGGAUAUGAUAUCUCCAUUAAACAUAGAAAUGUCACAGUUGCUGUACUGAUGUACUGAUGAUUCUUUGAAACAACUAAAACAACCGAAUCAGUAGAAGCGAACUAUAUUUCAAAACAAAAUUUUCAAUUCAUGUAACACAAGCAAUGCCAACUUUUUUCUAUAUACAGAGACUUCAAAGGUACUAAUGGUCACCCAUUGUAAAUAAUAUUUUGGGGGAGGAAGGUGUAUCAAAGGUAAGCUCUGAGCCUUUAGCUAAGUCUCCAUUCCAGCAGUCAGAGUGGUUGGUUUAAGUAACAAACUGAAAAAGGCUAAAGAUGGUAACAGCAAAGUAGCCUGUGGUAAUUACUACAACAAAUAGCUAGUUUGACUUGCAGAAUAUCCCCAAAUUAACUUAACAAAUUGAAGCAAAUUUCAUUUUAAUAAACAUAAACCGAAGCCUGAGAAUAUUCUGUAGGAGUAGUUGCUGCAGAUAUUCUAAAGCAAAACUGUAUUGACUAAGAGCCAGAAAGUAGGGUUUUUUUUUCUUGAGCAGCACAUACCAACUUUUACUAUUAACAUUAAUAGAAAAUUGUGCAGUGUCUAUUAAAUGGUAUUUGUUUUGCAAUAUUAAACACUAGUGGCUAAUAGUUCUCUCAAAUAGUGAUGUUUAAUAUAUACAGUGGUACUAUUUUGAAAUUCAAAUUUGAUACUCAACACAUUUUCUUUGACAUCUAUUUUGACGUGAAAAUUUUGCCCUAGUAUUCAUCGUUUGUGUGAUACUUAAUGCACACACUAGAACUUGUCAGUGUUGACUGCCUUGUGCUUCACUACGCUAUGCCUUAUGGGACAAAUUUGUUUGGUACUCAUCAUUUUUGAUACUCAUCACACCUCCCAGAACAAAUUAGCAAUGAGUACCAAGGUAUCACUGUACGUGGCCUAUUUCAGUAGAUUAGUUAUUUUGCACUGGCAACUCCAAUCAUAAUCAAGAAAGAAUUCCAAGAUGGACCACAUUAUACCAAAGUUAAGCUGGAGGUGGGAGGAAGAAUCUCCAGAAAGAAUCCCUCCAUUGGAUUUCUAUUUUUGCAAUUAUGCAGCUGCAAUUUCUGCAAUUGGGCAAGGUGCUCAGAAUGUUGAUGAUUUUUCCAUUCUAAACUACCACCUUAGAUAUUAGAUCAAAGAAAACCAUA